UUGUCAGAUUGUGCACUGAAGAAUUUGUAGCAGCCCAUACAAUGUAGUUCUGCUCCUCAACUAUACGUUUACUUGGCCAAGGGGAAUAAACCGUUUAGGACGGUGCAUAAAAGUCUAUAUGCUUUUUCACACAGGAAAAAAAAAACGUAUUUUGUUAAAGUAACGUUAAUUAGUUAGGGAAAACUUCACUAUCAUCACAAAAGAACGUAGCUGACUAGCUAGCGAGUGUGCUAAAUCAAAAUAUUUGCAUACAAACUUAUAUUUUUGACGGCAAAGUUGGACGAAAACCUUUGCUGGAGUAUCAGCUCUAGGUAAACGCUGGAGUUUGCGAGGUUGGUGAACUUUUUAAAGACUUUUGAACGCACAAAGCGACUGUGGGAAUGUCGUGUCGGAGUGGAGUGGCCCGGGUGGGUAAUCAAGGACUGCAGCCCCUCCGAGCCACGGUCCCGUUUCAGCUCCAGAACCGAACAGCAGCGCGCUGCAAAGACACCAAAGCAGCCGAGUACAAGACGAAGGGUCGCCCGCCGAAGCCAACCUUGCGACGGACAUUAUCUCUGGACACUUUGGUGGGACAGUACCUUCAGGGCAACUGGCCUAGAGAACCAGAGUGUCAGCCGGUUACCUGUGUCAAUGACAAGGCCACACAGACUCCCAGUUCCUGGAUAGAGGAGACACGGGGGCGGAGAGGGGGUGGUGGUCAUAAGCGCUCGGCAUCAUGGGGUAGCGCUGAACACCUCAGAGAGGUUGCUAAGCUUCGUCAGUCCUUACAGAAACGCUCCAGACAUGCACUUCCUGCCAUGGACUGUGACCACACACACCAACACGUUCACAACAGCCAAACACGCACACCUGGAAGUACACAGACGAUGCCUCUGAUUCCAUUGAGCCGAUUGGCCCCCAGACUGAGACGCAGUGUUGAAGGACUAAAUCUGGAGCUGGAGGGAGUCUUUGUGUCUGAAACAGCAAAAGAACAGCACAAAAUUCUUGAGGUACCAGAUGGUCACAGAGCCCCUGUCCCAGCUCAGAGGUACAGCAGCGCUUCACAGAGCGACCCUUCUCCUGCCCAGCUGUCCCCCUCACACUCUCCCUGCACCAUCACAGACACCGAUAUGGUUGUGUGUGGGCCGUUCUGUCUGCCUUCCUCCCCUCCUCUAUGUAUUUCUGAGCCACCAUCUUCUUCUCCUCGUCCCAACAAGACGUACGUCUUUCAGAGAGAACCUCCAGAGGGCUGUGAGAGAGUACGUGUGUCUGAGGAGGCCAUCCUUGCCUGUCAUAGGAAUGCUCCUCUUCAGCCUUCCUGUCCUGAUCCUAACAAGGUGAACUUCACACCUCACGGUGGCUCCGCCUUCUGUCCUGUCAGUCUCCUCAAGCCACUCCUGCCUUCUAUGGACCUGUUAUUUCGUGGCCUGUCUGUUUCACCCGUCACUGGCUGUUCGGCUCAGAGUGCUGCCCCCUGCCAGACACCGGGACAUGCUGUGGGUGGUUAUUUGAGCGGCAGCCUCCCAGACCCUACCACCACCUCUCUGUGAAUGGAGCACAUUCAUGACGAGAAAAGAAAAACUAAAGCUGGUUGUGCCUUUGUCCCAUUUCAUCAGCAACUUUGACAUCAAAGUGUUUCAAAGAGGAGAAACUGCUCACACCAUCCACUCAGUAUCUGAUUUGUUUUGAUCGGCACAGAGAGG